UGCGGUUUGCCUUUUCGGUCGCGCGGGUUUCGAUUGUGGGCGUUCCGAUGGGAGGAGCAGAAAUCGGAAGGCCCAUGGAUGAUUUUUUUUCUUCUUCAGAUUUUCAGUAGGUAUUCAUUCGUUUAUGGAAGGAAAUGCGACUUAAAUCUCUCAUCGGAGAUCUUACUCACUUUGCAUUCGGGGGUGGGGAUUAUCCGGUUUUGUUUGCUCCCACAUGGAGCAGGCCAAAUUGAGGCGCGAAGCGCGGCGAGAUCUGCGAGGGAAUCGUGUAGGCAGGCUUGUGGGGGGACGAGGAUGCCCUGUGCAAUCUGACCGGCCUAACGCGAGGGCGGGGUCACCUCGCCCGCUCACCUUGACGUUCCCCGUUGUCCCUGUCCCGGCUACAGUGUCGACGAGGGCAUUCACAGGCGCAGCCGGUGAUGCCCCCUCUGCGUCCAGCCAUAAAGCUGCGGUCUUUCUCUCAAUCCGCGGCCUCGGGUCGGGACACAGCAGAGGGGGGAAAGGCUGCCUCCUUUUACCGCAACCAUCUUUUCUGGUCUUCGGUCUUGUUCGUUUUUUUGGUUCUGCGAAACAGUUCCGGUGUCGAACUCUGAUGUCAACUGUCAGCAGCUCGGCAUUGCUAGAGAGGAAGGGGAUGAUGGUGGGCUCUUCUCAGCAGCAGCUACUGCAGAGGAAGGGGAAGGCCGUGGCUGAGAAAGGCGCGGCGGUGCCAGCAGAGGAGAAGGUGGUGGUAGCGGUGAGGGCGGCCACAAGGGAGAUCUCCAAGACGGCCAUCGUCUGGGCGCUGACGCACGUAGUGCAGCCCGGCGGAAGCAUCAUACUCCUCGUCGUCAUCCCGGCGCAUAGCUCUGGCAGGAAGUUCUGGGGGUUUCCUCUGUUUGCGGGGGAUUGCGCAAGUGGCCAUAAGUCUUUGUUGGAUCAGAAAUCGGAUAUCUCAGAGUUGUGUAAUCAAAUGAUACAGAAACUUGAUGUGUAUGAUGUAAACAAGAUAAAUGUGAAGACUAAGAUUGUUUCCGGGUCUCCUUCUGGCGUUGUAGCUGCUGAAUCUAAGCGAGCACAAGCUACCUGGGUUGUGCUAGACAAGGAGUUGAAACAUGAAGAGAAGCGUUGUGUGGAGGAGCUUCCAUGCAACAUUGUUGUUAUGAAGCGUUCUCAGCCUAAAGUCCUCCGACUGAAUCUCGUGGGAUCUCCUGAUAAAGAGUCCAAAGCAACCUGUGCAAUUCCACCCGUGUCGGAUAGUUCUACUGGUAAAACCGCAACUGAUGUCAAAGAGCCACGCAGUUCAAUUCGUGGACCGGCUGUAACCCCAAAUAGCAGUCCAGACUUAGAGACACCUUUUGGAAGCACUGAAGUGGGAACAUCCUCUGUCUCAAGUUCAGAUCUUGGGACGUCUCCGUUUUGUGCUUCUGAAACAAAGGGUUUGCUGAAGAAAGAGGUGCAGGCAACAAAAGAUAAAAUUCAGGAUUCAGAUGUCAACAUUUCUGAUUCUGACAGCGAAACAUUGAGCCCUCCAGCAACUUUCUCGCUUCAGCCAUGGAUGGCUGACAUUUUACAGGGAUCUGCAUCCUCAAGAUCACUUGGGAAAGGUCCACGAAAAACUCGUGUUCCAACAGCAGAUGCUUUGCUCGAGAAGAUCUCCAAGCUGGAUCUCUUGAAUGAAAUUAGUACCAUGAGAAGCAGGUCAGACUUAAACUUCCGUGGAAACGUCAGGGAUGCUGUCUCGUUGGCAAGGAGUGCGCCUCCUGGUCCACCUCCCUUGUGUUCAAUAUGUCAGCACAAAGCACCUGUUUUUGGAAAGCCUCCUCGGUGGUUUACUUACGCUGAACUGGAACUUGCAACUGGUGGUUUCUCCCAAGCAAAUUUCUUAGCUGAAGGUGGAUUUGGGUCUGUUCAUAGAGGUGUCCUUCCUGAUGGCCAGACAAUUGCUGUUAAGCAACACAAGCUUGCUAGCUCCCAGGGUGAUGUUGAGUUUUGCUCGGAGGUGGAAGUUCUUAGUUGUGCACAACACCGGAAUGUUGUAAUGCUGAUUGGUUUCUGUGUUGAGGACAGAAGACGUUUAUUGGUUUAUGAGUACAUCUGCAAUGGAUCCUUGGAUUCACAUCUUUAUGGUCGUAAUAGGGAAACGUUGGAGUGGGCUGCAAGACAAAAGAUUGCAGUUGGUGCUGCUCGUGGGCUACGGUACCUUCACGAAGAAUGUAGGGUUGGCUGUAUAAUCCAUCGUGACAUGAGACCAAACAACAUCCUUGUGACACAUGAUUUUGAACCACUGGUUGGAGAUUUUGGCCUGGCGCGAUGGCAACCUGAUGGAGAUAUGGGUGUUGAAACAAGAGUCAUUGGCACAUUUGGUUAUCUUGCACCCGAAUAUGCGCAGAGUGGACAAAUAACAGAGAAAGCUGAUGUGUAUUCUUUUGGUGUUGUGUUAGUGGAACUUGUUACUGGGCGGAAGGCAGUUGACAUUAACCGACCAAAAGGCCAGCAGUUUUUAACUGAAUGGGCACGGCCUUUCUUGGAGGAGUAUGCAAUUGAUGGACUCAUAGACCCACGCCUCAGGGACCGCUACUGUGAAAAUGAGGUCUACUGCAUGCUGCACGCUGCAAACCUUUGCAUAAGACGUGACCCACAUUCAAGGCCUCGCAUGUCUCAUGUUCUUCGCAUACUUGAGGGUGACAUGGUUGUUGAAUCUGAUUCUGUUACGGCCCCGAGUAGUGAUUCCGGAAGCAGGAGCUGGAGAAUGGCAAAUGAACAACAGCAUUACCAGAACUACAGUAGCCCUUCUCGACAAGAUUCGCAGCGAGCGAUCGAAGGGAAACACUCCUAUGGUGCUUUGAGGGCCUCCUGGGACCGAGAUAAGCAAAGCAUCUCAAACAGAUUUUAAUCUCUGCUCUUCCUAAAACGCAGUGAAGUUGAGAUGUUCAACUAUGUAUUAUUCCCUCGGCCUGCCUCCCAGUCUCGUUUUUCUUUUCAUUUGUCUUCACCUCCUAGUAAUUGUAGGCUCAAAGCUUUUGCUGAUACAUUGUCUUGGUGUAUAGUAGAAAUGGCAAUAGGUUUACAAGUAUAUUGAGCUCCGAGGUAGCUCCUAUUUUGUGGAUGAUUUGACGAAAUGUGAUCAGAAAUGGCAUAGUUGUUAUGCUUAGAAUCUCAGUAACUUGAUUAUGCCUUUAAGGCAAUAAUUCAGUAAAAGAUUUGAUGGUCGUCAUCUUCACGAGA